CAAAGCCCUCGGCUAUCGUAACCGACUGCACCGCGAAACAACAUGUUUGUCUCUGUCGUCGCCGUUCUAGUGCUGCUAAACGCCGUUAGGUCGGAUCCAUGCAACCCGAGGGAAGCGAGUUUCGGUACCGUUUGCGUUUGCGACUCGUCGUACUGCGACACAGUACCGGAAAUCGAAAAUUUGUCGUCCGCACAGUACCAAAUAUACACGACCAGCAAGGGACAGCUCGGAUUCACUUCGAAAGUCGGGCCUACAGGCUCCAGAAGCUCCAAUGCGUCGAAUAAAGUCUCCGUGCCUGAUUUGGGCAAGACUUAUCAGUCGGUGCUGGGUUUCGGUGGUGCUUUCACCGAUUCCACGGGAUACAAUAUCCUGUCGCUGCCCGAGCAAGCGCAGGAGAAGCUAUUACGAAGCUAUUGGGGUGACGAGGGCAUAUCUUAUAGUAUUGGUAGAGUGCCAAUCAGCGGUACGGAUUUCUCGCUGAGGGGAUACACCUAUUGCGACGAAAAGGACGAAACGUUGGACUCGUGGGCGUUGCAACCGGAGGAUUUCGAUUACAAAAUAGCGUUCGUGAAGAAGGCAGGGGAGCUCAGGGGCAGACCUCUUACUCUUUUUGCCACUUCUUGGUCAGCCCCGAUAUGGAUGAAAUCCAACAACAAUCUAAUCGGAGGGGGACACCUCAAAGACGAAUACUACCAUCUGUGGGGAGAGUACUAUUUGAAAUUCUUCCGCGCCUACCAGCAACAGGACGUCACCUUUUGGGGGAUGAGCACCCAGAAUGAACCAGUGUACGGACUGACCAACGAGACGAUUAACAGCAUGGGAUUCACCCAAGACGAGAUGAACAAAUGGGUGUCUGAAUAUUUGGGUCCGAUGCUGAGGACUUCGGAGUUCUCCGACAUCAAAAUCAUGCUUCACGAGGACAAUAGAGGGGAGCUGGUCUAUCUGAUCAAUUCCACCCUCAACAACAGUGACGUCGUCAAGUAUGCGGACGGAAUCGCGGUCCACUGGUACCAAGACUCUUCCAGUCCCGAGAGUCUGCUGGAUGAGGCGAGGAGCGACGAGAAGGACCUGUUCUUGCUGAACACCGAGUCAUGCAUACUGAGGCCGAGCGAGCUAGGCAGCUGGGAAAACGGCGAAAGAUACGUCAACAGUAUAAUCACGGAUUUGUACCACAACUCGCUGGGUUUCGUGGACUGGAACAUGGUGCUGGAUCUGGACAGCGGCCCGAGCUGGGCAGGCAGCCAUUUUGACUCGCCCGUUAUCGUCAACGCGACCGCAGGCGAAUUCUACAAGCAGCCGAUGUUCUACGCGAUUGGACAUUUUUCCAAAUUCAUAGUGCCCGGAUCUCUAAGGUUGGAGACCGACGUCAGCGUCGAGGCAGACGUCAGAUCUAUAGCGUUCCUGAGACCUGACGGCAAAGUGGCCGUUGUUCUCUUCAAUAGGGGUGAGGAGCCGGUGACCUUGGAUUUAGAGAUCUCGGAUAAGCAAGUGUCGGUCGACGUCGAGGCACGCUCCUUGAACACCGUUCUGUAUUCCGUUUAGGACAAUAAAUUUGAGAAUGU